AUGGAAGACUUGUUCGAUGAGCUGAUGGGUGUUCUCGGGGACGAAGCCCCUAGGGAUAGCACUGGCAGAGAAUAUGAUGCUGGCCCCUCUCGGCAAGAAUCUGGAUUUAGUUUUGACGUCUCCCAUCAGCCACGAGAAUACAGUCGGUAUUGGCCGAUGCAAAGUUGGGAGGAUUUGAGCAGAUAUACGGCUAGUCAGCAAUUAGUGGACACUGGACGGAACAGGGUGCAGAUGAGACCUCGGGAUGCCAUAGAACAGGCCUCUGCGUUGGGUUUGGGCCUAGGGGGGGUACCGUCUCGGGGAUAUAAUACUGAAUAUCCCCUACAAGGCGGGGUAGUGGGCUCUUAUAGGGACGGUGGCCGAAGGAAUCCCACCUGGGAGAAUGUAGGAUUGAGUGGAACUUUACAAAGCCCACAUUUCGGUCACAGUGUCGGCAUUUCCUCGACCGCUGAGGCAACAUGGGAGAUUCCAAGCAGCCAACCCCGUCGAAGAGCAACAUCCCGUGGGCCCAGAAGGCUGCUUGGAAUCCGUGGAGUAGGAGACACCACAGAAUCACGUUUUAGGCCUCCUCUCAGAGCUGCCCCUGCUGCCAAGGUGUCUUCAGCACCCUCAGGAACAAUCUCGCAUUCCCAUGCUCCUCCGAUGGUGCAAGGAGUCUCUCUACUCUCUGUCAAUAUUUUGCCAGAUAAACAUCGAGGCUUAUUUCAGUUCCCCCUAUUUAAUGCGGUUCAGUCGAAAUGCUUUCCACUGGUUUAUGAAUCGGAUGACAAUGUUGUCCUGUCGUCUCCUACCGGAUCUGGGAAGACAGCGAUCCUGGAGCUUGCAAUUUGCCGACUUUCAGUCAAAAUGCAACCAGGGAGUUAUAAAAUUGUUUACCAGGCGCCUACAAAAGCCCUUUGCAGCGAAAGAAAACAAGAUUGGGAUAAGAGGUUUAGCGUGAUUGGUCUUAAAUGCACAGAGCUAACAGGUGAUACCCAACAAUCACAAUUACGAAAUGUAAAGGAUGGGGACAUUAUUGUGACUACUCCCGAGAAAUGGGAUAGUAUGACGAGACGAUGGGAAGACCACAGGAAACUGCUGGAGAUGGUCCGCCUGUUUUUGAUUGAUGAGGUUCAUAUCCUAAAGGAGGACCGUGGCGCAACCUUAGAAGUUGUGGUGUCAAGGAUGAAGUCCAUUGGGUCCGAUGUCCGAUUCAUAGCUCUAAGCGCCACAGUGCCAAAUUCCGCCGAUAUCGCAGAGUGGCUGGGAAAGUGCUCUUCUGUGUCGCAAUCCCCAGCCCACGAUCAAAGAUUUGGUGAAGAAUUUCGGCCGGUGAAGCUGCAGAAGUUUGUGUACGGAUAUCAAUCUCCCGGCAAUGACUUCGUAUUUGAUAAGAAACUGGAUAGAGCACUACCAGAGGUCAUUCGGAAACACUCUGCGGGGAAGCCUAUCAUGGUGUUUUGUAUGACCAGGGCUAUGUGUAUCAGCACAGCCAAGGUUCUCGCUCAAUGUUGUUCCACUGUAAAACCAGCAGAUAGAAUGUGGCCAGCUCCAACGAUUCAAUUCUCCUUCAAGGAUAAGGACCUACAUGCAACUGGUGUAUGUGGUGUGGCUUUUCACCAUGCCGGACUUGAUCAGAACGAUAGGGCCCUGGUCGAGAAGCUUUUUCUUGAGGGCCACCUAUCUGUGAUCUGCUGUACAUCGACGUUGGCGGUUGGCGUUAAUCUGCCUACUCAUCUUGUGGUCAUAAAAAAUACGGUAACAUGGUCCAAUGGUGGCCCUAAAGAAUAUGUGGAUCUUGAGGUGAUGCAGAUGCUAGGAAGGGCUGGCCGGCCACAAUUUGAUGAUACCGGAGCAGCAGUUUUAAUGACAAGGCGGGAGCAUCGAGUUAGAUAUGAAAAGAUGGUUUCCGGGACCGAAACCGUUGAGAGCUGUUUACAUGAGAACUUAGUGGAGCAUAUAAAUGCGGAGAUAGGCUUGGGAACUAUUACCAAUGCCGAAUCAGCAAAAAGGUGGUUGAGAUCUACCUUUCUUUACGUUCGUUUGAAGAAGGAUCCAUCGCACUACGGGAUAACAGGGAAGGGGGGGAUUCAGGAUAUAGAAGAGAGACUGGAGGAGAUAUGCGAAAGGAACAUUAAACUUUUGACCGAGGAAGGACUGGUGCUAACAGGGGGCGGUCGACUAAGGUGCUCCGAACUAGGACUAGCAAUGGCUAGAUAUUAUGUAAAAUUUGGGUCGAUGAAAACGAUUCUGCAUCUUCAAGAACGAGCAGGUCUAUCGGAUGUGCUUGUCGCUUUGUCUAGUGCAGAAGAAUUUAAAGAAAUAAGAUUUCGAAGCGGUGAGAAGGGGCUUUAUAAAGAGCUGAACAAGUCACCGGGGAUGAGAUUCCCAGUAAAAGGUGAUUUGUGGAAUAGUUCUCACAAGGUCCAACUGGUGAUUCAGUUCGAGAUUGGAAUGAUGGAAUUUCCGCCAGAAGCUGGCUUUCAAAAGUAUAAGACCUCGCUGUUACAAGAUAAGGCAUUGGUUUUUCAGCAUUGUCAUCGGAUCAUUCGGUGCAUCAUUGAUUGCAGAAUAUGCUCGAAAGAUGCAACAACGGUGAAAGCUGCGCUAGAGCUAGGAAGAUCACUUAAAGCAAAGGCAUGGGAGGAUUCUCCAAGCCAGUUGCGUCAAAUUGAAGGAUUUGGGCCUGUGGCAAUCAAGAAGUUGGUAAACGCAGGAAUCAGAAAUCUCGAGGUGCUCGCGAGGCUUGAGUCUCAUAAGGUUGAAACUGCUCUCUCCCGGAACCCCCCGUUCGGGGCCAACGUGCUUAAGAUAGCCCAAUCGGUCCCUUUGUUUAGGGUGUUUUGUAGCCAAAUAUCUGCGAGCGGCAAUGGGAGGGAUCCUGUAAAAUUAGUUGUGAAGGCGGAGCUGGGAUUCUUGAACAGUCACCCGCCUGAGAGAUUUCGCGGAAACCUCCUUUUUGCAAAUAUUUUAGCUGAGCGUUCAGACGGCCUCUUGGUCGACUUUAGAAGGAUUCCUGUCCCAAAGCUGGAUGGUGGAAAGACUAUUCAGUUUAAGGUUGAUUUGGAAACACCAGAGCAAGGGGUUUUGUGUCACAUAGUUUGCGAAGAUAUAGUUGGCACAAUUAAGACCCAUGUGCUUAAGCCGGUAGUAAAUAUUCGUUUAUUUCCACGAAAUGCGGUUAUAUCACCUCCAAAAAAUCCCCAUGGUCAUGCGAUAGAUUCCAGCGCGGUUAUAGAGCAUCCUGGGGGUGAGGAGGAAUAUGGGGAUGCCGAAUUCAUUGCCGCUGUGGAAGACCUUGACUUCUCUCAUAUUGCGGGUCUUGGCGAAUCGUUGACCAAUCAAACUAGACUAAAUACGGCAGCCAAUGCCAGAAUGCCUGCUAGCAAUGCUAAUGAAGUGAAAGAGAGUGCUGCCUCCGAGGAAGCAGGCCAGGAGGCCCACCAACUGCCGAAUGGAAAUUGGGAGUGUAAACAUAAAUGCGGGGAUAAGACCAGAUGUAAGCAUUUUUGCUGCCGCGAAGGAUUAGAAAAACGCCCCAAGGCUAUAAAAGUUACGAAAGAUACUGUUGCGAUAAAGGCAGGCACAAUUCCUGGAGCAAAGCCAGCAGAGAGAGGGUCCAGAGGACCCGAAAAUAAUGGGUUGCAGGGAUUGCCAUACCAUCGGCAAGCCAACUCUGUGUCGAAAGGAGUGAGAAGUGACGAAGACUUCGCAAGCUCCUUGCCCCCGCCAAAACCUAACCUCCCACUCUCUACAGAGAUCACACGUCUAAAAAGAUUGCAUGAAGCUCACGGGGGAGAGACUAGGUCGAAGGUGAGGCGUAUUUCUGCCAUGCCAUUCCCACAAGGAAAGCAUACAGGCCAAAGCGUAUCCAGAAAAAUCCACGGGGAGAGAUUGAGCGAUGAUGACGAUGGGCUUCCAACGCUGGAGAGGCUUCUGCGUGAGGGGACAGGUUAUAAAUGGUGUCCCGAGGCAACGGCUUCGGAACCGAGGAAGGCUAUUCUCAGACACCCGAUUGGAAAAAAACCCGACGCCAAAAAGGAUGGUGUGAACGGCGUUCAGAGGAUUGAAUCAAGGGCUGAACCAGUGGGGAUGGAACAAAUUCCGGCAGUCCAUGCAUCACAUGGUAAAGGUAGACUGGUGCUAAAUACAAAGCCCGGGGAUGAGAUUAUCGAUUCUAAAGAACGGAUACUCUACCCUCCCAUAUCUAGCCUGAAUAAGUCACUGGAUGAGCCGGUUGGAGAAGGAGACAACAUUCAGAAGGUCGAACAUCGCACUAAGCGUGAAGAUACAGUGCUCUAUGAAGACAUGAAGGCAUGCGAUGUGAAACAAGAGCAUGAGGUGGCAGUUGUACCACCAACCGGGCUACAGGUUGGUGGGAUUAAGCAAGAGGACUACGAGCCGAUAGACCUGAGUGUACCGGUGCCUGCCGAAGGACUCAAGUACGAAUCCGAAACAGAAUACAGCAGGGGACAGAGACCAAAAACUGAGCACAACGAGGACUUGGAUUAUAUAGUUAUGUACGGUAGCCAAGGCAGUAUUAAGAAAGAUUGUGAGGUCAAGUGGGAGGAAACCGAAGAAACUUUACAGGAAAAAGACUUAUUUGAAGAUUUUGUAAUUUACGUCUAAAGGAAUAAUAGAAGGAUAGUACAGUUAG